UUUUUUCCCCUUUCCUCUCUGUCUGUAUUCCUGACACACGGAGGGAAGAGAAGAAAGAGAGAGGGACAGACAGAAAUAAACCCCCCACCCCUUUUAAAAAGAAGCUAAAGCAUAAAAUACCGGGAUUCUAAAAGUAGCAGUUGUGUUCUACUGGAGAUUUGGGGUUUGUUCUGUGGGAGGUAAAGAAGAAAUAGGACACCUAUACACCUCCUGAUUUUUUUUUAUAUAUCAUUUUGCAUUUUUUCAUACUCUCGAUUUGGUUCCCAAGUGGUCUGCACCCUAUAACUGCCCCCCGGGGGGCACAGGAGAGGGGGGAUUUAAAUAUCCGGUCUGGUUCUGCGCAGAGGGGGCCCUUUGGAAAAGAGGCCCCUUCUCUAUGACAUCCUCUGUCUGAAGUAGAAAUGGUUUGUCUGGGGAAAUCGUAGGACCUGCUUCCAUGUGAAAGCAGCUGUAUCCCAUGAACCUCGGGCAGCUGAGGGCGGAGCCCGCCUUGGUCUCUUCUGAUUGGUUCUGGAUGGAAUUACGUUGAAUGGACCAGAAUCUUAGCGGGCUGGACUGCUUGUCAGAGCCAGAUGAAAAAAGGUGGCCGGAUGGGAAGCGGAAAAGAAAGAACAGCCAAUGUAUGGGAAAAAGCGGUAUGUCAGGUGACAGCUCGGUAUCUCUGCUCUCUGCAGGGUACAUCCCUAGUUACUUGGACAAAGAUGAGCCAUGUGUGGUGUGCAGCGAUAAGGCCACAGGGUACCACUACAGAUGUAUCACCUGCGAGGGCUGUAAGGGGUUCUUUCGGAGAACCAUACAGAAGAACCUGCAUCCCUCAUACUCCUGCAAGUAUGAUGGCUGCUGUAUCAUUGAUAAGAUCACCCGGAAUCAGUGCCAGCUCUGCCGCUUUAAGAAAUGUAUCGCUGUGGGCAUGGCAAUGGACCUUGUCCUGGAUGAUUCCAAGCGGGUAGCCAAGCGGAAGCUGAUUGAGGAGAAUCGGGAACGGCGGCGGAAGGAGGAGAUGAUCAAGACUCUGCAGCAGCGUCCUGAGCCAAGUAGCGAGGAGUGGGAGCUGAUCCGCAUUGUGACAGAAGCUCACCGAAGCACCAAUGCACAGGGCAGCCACUGGAAACAGCGCAGGAAGUUCUUGCCUGAAGACAUAGGUCAGUCUCCGAUGGCAUCAAUGCCUGAUGGUGAUAAAGUUGAUUUAGAAGCUUUCAGUGAGUUCACCAAAAUAAUCACCCCUGCAAUUACCCGAGUGGUUGACUUUGCCAAGAAACUGCCUAUGUUCUCUGAGCUGCCUUGUGAAGACCAAAUCAUCCUGUUGAAAGGAUGCUGUAUGGAGAUCAUGUCUCUCCGGGCAGCUGUGCGUUAUGAUCCGGAGAGUGAGACCUUAACACUGAGUGGUGAGAUGGCAGUGAAGCGAGAACAGCUAAAGAAUGGAGGGCUAGGGGUGGUCUCUGAUGCCAUAUUUGACUUGGGAAGAUCUUUGUCUGCAUUUAAUCUUGAUGACACAGAAGUGGCUCUGCUCCAAGCUGUACUCCUCAUGUCCUCAGACCGAACGGGUUUAAUCUGCACAGACAAGAUAGAGAAAUGUCAGGAGACAUACCUUCUCGCCUUCGAACACUACAUCAACCAUCGUAAACACAACAUUCCCCACUUCUGGCCCAAGCUCCUUAUGAAAGUGACUGACUUACGCAUGAUUGGAGCCUGCCAUGCCAGUCGCUUCCUGCACAUGAAGGUUGAAUGCCCCACAGAGCUCUUCCCACCGCUCUUCCUUGAGGUGUUCGAGGACCAGGAAGUCUGAGGGGCAGGGAAGUGGGGUAGAGAGGAAAGGGAUUUGCUUGGCUCUAUGACAACCUGCCAUCCAUGAAAGGAUCUCAUGUCCUGCAAAGGAUGCAAGUUAGUGGCUGCUAAAGCACUUCUCAUUAUGAAAACUGCCACCUAAACACGAACAAUCCAGGAAUGGAAGCUCCCAAGAUGACAUCGUUCUGCAUCAAAUGAAUAGUUCUUUGAUCAUCAUCUUGGAACACCAAAGGAAGAAGGAUUGGGAACUCCUUAGUUGUCACCCAGCAAUCUUAGAAUGGAAACAGUCACCUUUUUCUUAGUUUGUCUGAAACCAUUUUGGUACACUAAGACCCAAGAAUUGAAGUUUAUUCAGACACCAUCUUUGUUCACCUGGUAAAGGCUGCCUGGGUGACGUCAUUUCAGAUGUGGGAAGAAUAAAAAUAAUGAGUGAGGCUUUAAGUUCGCUUGCCCCCAUAUAAAAUGUUAAUAUGUAUAUGUGUGUAUAUGUCUUAUAUAUCUAUACAUAUUGACAUAUUCACACAUAUACAUAUGUAUAA